GCUCCCACAGGCGUGAAGACGGUUGCAGGUCGGACGCUGCCCCGCCCACUCUCUGGAGUUUAGGCCGCAGUUCUUAAAGCAGCCAGAACAGUGGGUGCAUUGUUUCCUAGCCCUGGUCCUCAGAGACAAUGCUGGACUGUCCACCACACAGCUUCCUGCCAGGCUCCGGUCGGCACCACAAGAGAGAUGUCACAUGACUUCUGAAUGUGUCAUCACCCGUCCAAACUGAAGACAUGAUGGCGACAUGGUGGGCCUCCACCUUCCUCCUCCUCAUCGGUCGCCCUCCGCUCCAUCACGGCUCAGGCACCACUGUCCCAUCCUGGCCACACUCUCUUUUUCACCCCCUGGCCCCUGGACUGCCUGCACUUGAAGUCUCCCUCUGCUACUCUUCCUCACUCUUCCUCCUGCCCCCCACGGCUCCGCCUUCUGUGAUGACGGACCUGCCUGGGGCACGUGAUGGUUCGGUUCCUGCCAACUGAAACUGGCGGACUGGCAGUGUUAGGCCACUGACCUCAGGUCUGUUUACCCACCCGACUGAAGUUCAGGUUCUGUGAGUUCAGGUCAGCUGCCAGGAGGACCUCGCAGUUGGAAACACAGGCGCCCCCUACUCGUUGGCCAUCGCUGCACUAAGUGGAUUGGAGACGCCAGAGUGCAGCCACGCAGACAUAACACUUGCUGGAUUAGCGCAGCGCCAUUUCAGCACCGCGUGCUCACUGCAAGAAGACGAGGCCUGGGGACACUAGAGCUGCUGGAAGGGUGGCCACGCAGAGGUUGCAGGGGGCGGAGCCUCACUGCCCUGAAAGAUGAGACCUGAAACCAACGAGUGCCGACUCACCACUGACUCUCCACUGACUUACCACAGACUCACCACUGACUCACCAGCUGUCGGUCUCCAUGGCAGAGAUCCUUCUGCUGAGUCAUGAGUGAUGCAGACAGGAAGUGGGUGAACUUCUCUCCGUCUCUCUCAGAUUCUCAGAGGAGUUUCCAGCAGCAAUGACCCCUGGUUCUGAGUGGACGGCCUGAUCCCAUCCUGGUGUCGUGGCCACCAUGAGUUUGGGCAAGCUGCCAGGGAUGAAAGGACUUGUAUCCGGCUCUCAGGAGAAGCGGCGCUUCAAGUCGGACCUGUGUGCAGACAUGAUCAGCCCGCCGCUGGGCGACUUCAGACACACGAUGCACGUGGGUCGUGGUGGCGACGUGUUUGGCGACACGUCCUUCCUCAGCAACUACGGCGGCGCCAGAGAGCCAGGCAGUCCGGACUCCGCCUACAGCUCCAAGUCCACGGGCUUCUUCACGCGAACCUUCCGCCACAUUCGGAAGAACUCUGGACCUCGACCGGGUCCUCGGGGUGGCUCUCGAGACCUCUCAACCCCGCCCCCGGACAUCUCACCCAUCAUCAAGAACGCCGUCUCCCUGCCUCAGCUCAACAUCGACUCUCCCGGCGGCUGCCUGCAGAGGGCGCUGCUGCCCUCCUCUGUGAGCUCCACGGAAGGCGCCUUUUCUUCCUAUGGCUUCCAGUCGGGGUUCAUCACCCUGCCCCGCCUCUCUUGGCUGGACCGGCAGGUUCCGGACAGCCACUGGCAUGGAGGCUCCUCCCCGGACGGUGAGGUCACCCCACGAACUCGCUCGGACUCCCUGGCCUCCUUCACCGUGGAUCUCGGCCCCUCCCUCAUGAGCGAGGUCCUCAGCCUGAUUGACCUUCAUAAGUCUGGACUCGGCGGGGUCAAGGGGGAGGAGAAGGAGGAGGAGGAGAGCUUCAUGUCUGACACGCCGGUGCAGACCCCUGAAGCCACUUCGCCAAACCUCUCCACCAGACUGAAUGAAGAGGAAAUGGACUCAACAGUGGAACCUGUGAUGGACGGCGAGAGGUUCCAGAGGGCCGCAGACGUCCUGUCCCGUCACUACGGAGGGUCCAUCAAGAGAAGCAGCAGCAGAACCGCCUCCCCUGCCGUCUGUAGCGGCAGGAAAGCAACGUUCUCGCUCUCGGAGGAGGAAGAGGAGAUCAAGGUCUGACGUGGGUGUCCUGCCUGACGCCUUUCUUCUUCAACUGCCCAGCACUCUUCAUGUCCAGCUUUGGUGCAGCAGUAACCACACUACUUUCUUAAUAAAGAGGUUGCAGCAAACGCACGGCGUG